AUGUUGUCCAACACGGGCCCGGUGGCCAAACUCUACUUGUCCAUAAUUGACGAUGUGAUCGAGAGCAUGAGGGAGCUCUACCUGGACGAAGGGCUGGAAGACCGCGUCCUGGACGAUUUGAGACGUCUCUGGGAGUCCAAGAUGAUGCAGUCCAAAGCCAUGGAAGACUUCAGGAAGAUCAACUCAUCCAACUUUGUGCUCCAGCUCCCGGACAGCUACGGCCAGAUGGACCGAGAGCACACAGCCACAGUUGUGAUCCCUGCGAGUCAGAGUAUCCACAGAUUCCCAAACAACUCAGAGACACUUGCUACUUUUUCUCUCCCCGCCGGGUUAGCUUACCCUGUGCAGAUCCCAGCAGGAGUCACUCUACAAACAGCCUCUGGUCAACUUUACAAGGUCAAUGUUCCUGUCGUGGUCACUCAGGCCCCGGUGGGUCAGAAGCCUUUAUCCCUACAAAUACAGAGAGCUCGUGCCCCUCAGUCAACUGCAGCUCCUCCAACUACCAAACCUCCUCAGCAGGUGGAGCCACCCCCUGCUUCAGCUCCUUCUGUCUCCCAGUCGCCGCGGCCCGAUUUACCCCCCAGUCCAGAGAGCAGCCCAGUCCAGCAGCCACAGGUUCACGCUGCUGACUCCACGCAGCUCCCGGUUGUCCCCUCUCCACCGGCAGAAGAAAAUGAGCCGAGUCCCCAAUCUGAACCCGUGAACUACAGCAUGCCCUCCUCACCCUGCAGUCAGUUAUUAGAGGAGGCCUUGGCGCAGACGACUCAGUUAAAGAGCCGAGACAUAGAUGACAUCCUGAAGGAAGUGAUUGAGGAGGAGAGAGAGAAAGCAGAACGGAGGAGGAAUCUGCCACCUGCCAGAAGUCAAGAUCAGACCGAGGCUGUUCUCGCUGGGCUGGACCUCGACUACGGCUACAGUGACCUGUCGGACAUCGUUCAGCUGGACGGUCCCGCAGACAACUCGGACGCCGAGGAGGAGGGCGGAGCUCCGCUGGAAGAGAACGACUUUCUGUGUAUAAUCAAUGCAGAGGCCAUAAAGGCCCUGCAGGAGGGGGGGGGGAGCAGCGACGGCAACAGCAUCUCCUCCAGCAGCGACAGCGAGGGAGCCGAUAAACUGUCUGCAGAAGAUGAGGAUCCCUUGAACUCGGGCGACGACGUGAUGGAGCAGGACAUCCCGGAUCUCUUUGACACCGACAAUGUAAUCGUCUGCCAGUACGACAAAAUUCACCGCAGCAAGAACCGCUGGAAGUUUCAUUUGAAAGAUGGUGUGAUGUGCUACGCGGGCAGAGACUACGUGUUCUCUAAAGCUGUCGGGGAAGCUGAGUGGUAA